AUGGAUGCAGAUGUCUAUUGGUCGUCACUUGACAUAAUGACGAGGCUGAAGUCGUGCUGGUUGAUCGAUAUGCAUCCAGUCUAUUUAACAGUGUUAAAGAUGUGUGCUGAUAUGACAAGUUCAUGCUGCUUUGCACGAAAACAUUUUUCGCGGAGUCAGGGAGCUGAAACAGCUGAAGUUAAACCGGUGCAAGGGAUCAUUCUAAGAUUGGGGCGGAGCGUCACAUCAAAUAUGGAACAGCGACGAAUUUCGGAUCUGUAUAAACAAAUAACCUUAGUCAACGCGGAAAACGCACGUUGGAAUAUUAAUUUGUGA